ACGCCAAAUGUCGCCAUCGAUCAAUGACGUUUUGUGAAGUUGAAUUUAUUGAUAUAAAGCGUUAAUGUAAAUAAUAAACAAUUCCAACAUAAACGUCGGCUUCCAGUCGAUAUGUAUGCCAAGGGCAAAGGCUCUACAGUGCCUUCGGACGCUCAAGCUCGUGAAAAGUUGGCACUUUAUGUGUACGAGUACUUGCUACACGUUGGGGCGCAGAAAGCGGCACAGACAUUUCUGUCCGAAAUACGAUGGGAGAAGAAUAUAACGCUCGGAGAACCCCCCGGGUUCUUACAUUCGUGGUGGUGCGUGUUUUGGGAUCUGUAUUGCGCGGCACCUGAGAGACGUGACUCUUGCGAACACUCAUCAGAGGCGAAGGCUUUUCACGACUAUGGAUUUGUCAAUUCCGGGUACGGAGUGAAUGGAAUUGGUCAUAAUGCCGGACCGGCGCCACCUAAUGACGGUAUGGGAGGUGGUGGUAUGCCACCAGGCUUCUUCCCCAAUUCAUCACUGCGGCCGUCACCUCCCGCACCACAUCCAGGUUCGCAGCCAUCUCCGCAUGGACCACAGGCACAGCUUAUGGGCACGGGCCAGCCGUUCAUAGGGCCGUGGUACUCUGGUGGGCCACGGUCAGGUGUCAGGAUGGGGAUGGGCAAUGACUUUAAUGGUCCUCCAGGUCAAGGUAUGAUGGGCAACUCUUUGGAGCGCGGUGGAGGAGGUGGUGCGGCGUUGCUGGGCGGGCCGCGUAUGACUCCGCCCCGCCCCGGCUGCGGGCCUAUGAGCCCUGGCGCUUGGCGAGGCCCUCCGCCACAAGGACCAGGCAUGCCACCAAUGGGCAUGGGCCCGCGUAGCGCAUGGUCUGGUGGUGGAGGAGGCGGGGGUGCAGCGCCCCUUAACUAUAGCGGGGGCUCGCCCGGCGCAUACGGAGCCCCGCCGGGCUCCAAUGGUCCUCCAGGACCUCCAACACCGAUAAUGCCGAGCCCUCAAGACUCUUCGAACUCAGGCGGUGACAACAUGUACACCCUGAUGAAGCCGGUGGGUGGCGGAGCCCUAGGGUCGGAGUUCCCGCUCGCCGGCGAGCACGGGCCUGCGCCGCCGCACCUGCCGCAGCCGCCCGCCGCGGAAGGGCUAGGUGGAGUGGACGGCAUGAAAUCGUCCCCGGGGGGCGUCGGCGGCGGGGGGCCGGGGACUCCGAGAGAGGACUCUGGAUCAGGAAUGGGUGAUUACAACUUAAGUUUCGGUGGACCCGGCGGCGAUCAGAAUGACCAAACGGAAUCGGCAGCGAUAUUAAAAAUAAAGGAAAGCAUGCAGGAAGAGGCGAAACGUUUCGAAAAGGAUCCCGAUCAUCCGGACUAUUUUAUGCAAUGAGUGACGCGUCGACCCCGCCAACUUGCCAAAUAAACAGUGAAAUAUCGUCGUAUUCCAAUCCAAAUGAAGGCUUACAUUCACUUUGACACACUGGAACAGGCGCGAUGAGAAACAUCAAACAUAUGGGAGUGUUCUCGUGGAGCAGUGCGAUUUACUCGACUUCAAGUAAGUGAAACCGGUUUGUACCGGUUUAUCUUGCAUCUUAUAGCCAAUUUGGACACGUGUGCCCGCGUACUUGAACAGCUACUAACUGUGGCACUCAGAAUUAAAGCCCCUUAGUGUCGAUUUAUGUGAAAAAUACACCUAACAUCUGACCAAUAAACUAGUGGCUACAUUUGUAAAGUUAAAUCUCUGAAAUCUAUAAAGUUUCUGAGAUCAAAUAAUCUGUAUGAAACAUAUCGUCAUCCCUGUGAUUAUCUUUGACAUAACAGAGACAUAUGUUUUUAAAUGGAGAUUGGUCUCAGAAACCCACGGUUAGUGUAAAGCAGUUAGUGUCUAUUUUUAAGUAAGGCUUUCAUUUGGAAUAAUGGAUAAACUAUUUGUUUAUUUAACAAAGUAUUCUCAUGAUCUCAAGAUUACAAAACAAAUAUCUUGGCGGGUUGGACGUAGUUUACGAUCUGAUAGUGUCUUCAUAUAUCUACGGCUCGGUCAUUCGGUAAAUAAAAAAAAAAUAUUUAUUAGAUUUUAAUUUUAUAUAAAUGUUGCAAAUUAUCGGUUUUCGAUGACGUUUUUCAUCGGUUUAGUUAUCGAUAUGCUGUCGGAACAUCACUAAUGCUGUCUAUUUGACGUUUCGUGCCAAUUUUUUUUAUAUUGAUUUCGUUCAUCAAA